GUAGUUGUAGCAGUGAGCUAGCUAAUCAAUGACAUUGAGUCACCAUCGCCACGGAUAAGUCAGUCACACUCAUAUUAACAAAACCUUAGAAGAAACCUAGAAAAUAUAACUAUUUAAUAUAUAGUUUAAUGAAAACAAGAACUUUGUACACAUCGAAUAUGUAUUCUCUUUCUCUUAUAACCAAACCAAACACCAUAUUUAUUAUCUCCAUCCAAUAAUCUUAGUACUGUUUGACUGGCAUGAAUAUCAGUUGAAUUUAAGACACACUGCAAAUCCAAAGAGAACUCAAAUCAAUGGAAACUAGUUAUGGUUUCAAUUGGUGGUGGCCAAGCCUCAUCUCUCUCUUCUUUUUCUUCCCUUUCAUUCUUCUCAAAUUCAUUUCCAAAAGAAAUUACUCAAACCACCCACCCGAACCUCUCACUCUUCCCAUAAUCGGUAACCUCUUAUUUCUCCGCAAAACUUUCUUCCAGCUUGAGCCAAUCCUCCGCAACCUCCACGCCAAGUACGGCCCCGUUAUCUCUCUGCGCGUAGGCUCUCGCCGAACCGUCAUCAUCGCUGACCGUGUCCUCGCCCACCAAGCCCUUAUCCACAAUGGGGCCGCCUUCGCCGACCGCCCUCCUGCUCUCCCCACAAGUAGAAUCUUCAACAAUAACCAGCUUAACAUCAGCUCUGCCAAGUACGGCCCCACAUGGCGGCUCCUCCGCCGCAACAUCACUUCGGAGAUCCUCCAUGCUUCGCGGGUCAAGUCUUAUUCCCGUGCUCGCAAAUGGGUUCUCGAUAUUCUUAUCAAACGCCUUCAAUCCGAUGAUGACCAAGGUGUUGGGCAAAUAGGUGCCGCGGUCCGCGUAAUCGAUCACUUCCAGUACGCCAUGUUUUGUCUCUUGGUUUUGAUGUGCUUUGGAGACAAACUCGAGGAAUCAAAGAUCAAAGAAAUCAAAACUAUGCAACGUCGCAUGAUGAGGGCAUUCUCCGGCUUCAACUUACUCAAUAUCUGCCCAACUCUUACCAAGAUUCUUUUCAGAAAAAGAUGGCACAAAUUGUUUCAGCUACGCCAACAACAACAUUCUGUUCUAAUCCCCCUCAUAAAUUCCCGAAAAAAGGUCAAUGAAGAAGCCAAAGCCAAGGCUUCUUCUGCUCAUGAUGAUAAUGAUUCCGUGCUUUGCUAUGUAGACACUUUACUCGGUUUGGAGUUACCAGAGAAGAAAAGAAAGCUUGAAACAGAGGAAAUGGUGAGCUUGUGCUCGGAAUUUCUCAACGCGGGGACCGACACAACCUCCACGGCACUGCAGUGGAUCAUGGCCAAUGUAGUGAAACAUCAAGAGAUUCAAGAGAAGCUGUAUGAGGAAAUUAAAGGGGUAGUGUUAGUACGAACAGGAGAGGUGGAAAUAGAAGAGGAGGAUUUGCAUAAUAUGCCUUAUUUGAGAGCUGUGAUACUAGAAGGGCUGCGGCGCCACCCGCCGGCUCACUUUGUGCUGCCACACGUGGUGAGUGAGGACGUGGUUGUGGGCGGACAUGUUGUGCCUAAGAAUGGGAGUGUGAAUUUCAUGGUGGCAGAGAUGGGAUGGGACCCCAAUGUGUGGGAGGAUCCCAUGGAGUUUAAGCCUGAGAGAUUUUUGGUUGGUGGUGAUAAUGAUAAGAAAGUUGAGUUUGAUAUAAAGGGGAAUAGGGAGAUUAAGAUGAUGCCUUUUGGGGCAGGGAGGAGGAUUUGUCCUGCCUCUGGUCUUGCCAUGCUUCAUUUGGAGUAUUUUGUUGCUAAUUUGGUUUGGAAGUUUGAGUGGAAAAAAGUUGAUGAAGUUGAUUUAUCUGAGGCACAAGAGUUCACCAUUGUUAUGAAGAAUCCUUUGCGUGCGCGCUUGAUUCCAAGGCACUAGGAUUGGCUAUGAUACAUAUUAUAUUCUACUUGGUUUGGCUAGCUGUGUAUUCAAGUCAUGUUUGAAUAAUGUAAAUCAUAGUGAGUAAAAUGUUGAUCAUGUUAAGAAGCUAAAGCAAACACGAAUAUCUCCAAUAAGUUAUGAAUGAUUUGGUUUAUUUUUUU